AUGGGGGGUGCAACCGGGGCGCUUCGCUUGCGCGUCGGCGCGUGUGCCAACCGGCGUAGACGGCAAACAGGGCUCUGGCCAAACAACGCCGGAGCCAAUCCCGAAUUGCACGCCCGGGAUAAAUUGUUCAACUUGAUGCCGCCAUCUCGCAAAAAGAGGCCCGUAGCCUCUGUGCCCGUGGGGAACAAGGGUAGAGGGGCGGCCCUUGUGCCGAGGCUUGGGGAAAAGAACCGACAAGCGGCCAUGUACUUGAAAAAAACAGUCACCAUUGACACAAGAGUUUGGACCAAAACAGAUGGAACUGCCAUUCCCGAGAGGAACCCAUCCCUUUUACCCGCUUUGGCAAAAAGCCUCCUCCUUCAUCGGCACCCCCCUGAAAACUCCGGUUCAGCGGAGCUCCGACCGGACUCCGGGGUGCUAUCGCCGCCUGGAGAAAAAGCGGCGCACCUUUUGCACGUUGCGCCGCCGGGCUUUCACAUCCGAGCGGUCGGAGGCGUCGGAGGCUGCUUUGCCAUGCUCGGCGACGUGACUACCUACAUACACAGAUGUGCUCGCUGUUGCCUGUGCAAGCCGGGCGCCUCCUCCGAUAUGCGCAUCUAG